GGGCUUUGCGCAAUCUCCCAAAUCAGAACAAAAUGGCGCCACAGACGAAAGACGAAGUUUCCGACGACAACGAAUUCGUUGGAUUCGACGAGGAGAGCGAUGAGGAGAUGCACGACAAUGAUGCCAUGUCGGUAGAUGAGGAGGAGGAGGACGACUCCGAUAUGGAUUCAAUUGCCGACCCGAGGAAAAAGUACGAUAUUGACGAGAAGGACUCUGACGAAGAAGACCUCGAACGAUUUGUCUUGGGCAAUAACGACACCUUCCGCGCCCAGCUUUUCCGCGACGACUUCCUCGCCGAUAUUACCGAUUCCAAGGCUCUCAUUAGGACCGACAAGCAAGAUGACACGACUGGUCUCGAACAUGUCGACGAUAACGCCCUCUUCGCGUUCGAUACUGGCGUUCCCGGCGAUAAGAAGCAGACAGAGGCCGCGCCCUCUGCACUAGAGGCUUACGAGCAGAAGGAGGACCCCCCAGCGUGGGAGGACAGCGAUGACGAGCGGUUGACAGUAUCCCUUGCGGCUGCCUCGCGGUUGCGCAAGCUGCGUCAGUCCGAAGAGGAGGAUGUCGUGAACGGCACCGAGUACGCGCGCCGCCUGCGCUCGCAGUACCUCCGACUAUACCCCCUUCCGGAGUGGGCCAAGGAAUCCUCGGCCGCCAGCCAGCGCCGGAGGAGAAGAUCUUCAGCCGCCGGUUCCUCCUCCGAGGAAGACAGUGACGCCGAAGACGACAUCGAAUCCGCCCUCCCUCUCGAGACCUUCCUCCGCGACGUCAACUCUUUCAACGCCAGCGCCGAUGCCCGUGGCAGCAAGCGCCGCAAGCUGCGCCCCGAGACCAUCGACAUUCAGCGCUCGCGCGACAUCCCCGACAUUCACAAGCAGUCCGUCAGCUCGCUGUCCUUCCACCCCAAGCACCCCAUCCUGCUCUCGUGCAGCGUCUCCUCCAUCAUGUACCUGCACCAAGUUGACCCGACCGCGCACCCGGUUCCGAACCCGGCCCUCACGUCGGUGCAAGUCAAGCGCACCGACCUUCGGCGCUCCGAGUUCCUUGGUUCCGAUGGUGACGACGUCAUCUUCGCCGGUCGCCGGCGCUACUUCCACAGCUGGAACCUCUCGUCGGGCGCCGUCAAGAAGAUCACCCAGAUCCAGGGCCACCAGCGCGAGCAGCGCACCAUGGAGCACUUCCGUCCCUCGCCCUGCGGACGCUACCUGGGGCUCAUCGCCUCCGAGAAGAAGGGCGGCGGCAUGAUCAACAUCGUCAACGUGCGCACGAUGCAGUGGAUCGCGCAGGCGCGCACCAAUGGCCGCGGCGGCAUCUCCGAUUUCGCCUGGUGGGGCAACGGCAACGGCCUCUCCAUCCUCGGUAAGAACGGCCAGGUCACCGAGUGGAGCAUGCUCAGCCGGCGCACGGUCGGCGUUUGGCGCGACGAAGGAUCGAUCGGCGGCACGGUGAUUGCACUGGGCGGGCAGAAGGGCACCGGCCCUAGCCAGAUUGGUGGCGAUCGCUGGGUGGCUGUGGGCUCGAAUAGCGGCAUUCUGAACAUUUAUGACCGGAAUGAUCUGGUUAAGCCUGUUAAAAAGGAGGGUGGUGCGUCGGCGUCCAAAGACGAGACGGUGCAGAUUAAGAGCAUCCCCACCCCGCAGAGGACGUUUGAGCAGCUCACGACGCCCAUCUCAGUGGUGACGUUCGCGCCGGACGGUCAGCUAUUGGCGUUUGGUAGCUUCCACAAGAAGGACGCGUUAAGGCUGGUGCACUUGCCUAGCUGCACCGUGUACAGGAACUGGCCUACGGAGCAAACGCCUUUGGGUAGGAUCACUGCUGUGGCGUUUAGCCAUCAGAAUGGUGGUGAUGUGUUGGCGGUGGGCAAUGAUGUGGGCAAGAUUAGGAUGUGGGAGAUUAGGAGCUAGAUCUGCGCAUUGUGUAGACCGUUGAGUUGGCGAUAAAAUAGUGCGGAGUAUAAACUAGCGGUAAUCUAAGGGUUUAAAGGUUUUGGGCUA